AUGGGAAACGGCAGCACCUGUGCAGGUCAGCUGCAGAUGAAGGUCCAGAGAGAGUGGAGGCCUGCGGUGGACCUGGACUGGUUGUGGCACCAGAACCAGAACUGGACAUCAGCAGUAGCAGCAGCAGUGUGUUCUCAGCUCGGAUGUGGUUCUGUCGUGGCUACAGAUGUAAAGUUCUCUAACUCACUGAGACCUGUGUGGGGGAUCUGGUCCUCCUGCUUCCAGUCGGCUGUUUCCCUCCAGGACUGUCUGGUUCUUGUCGACGACGGAGAAGACUCCCGGAGCCUGCAGGUGGUCUGCUCAGAUCUGCUGGUUCAACCAAACAUCUCCGUGUCUUCAUCCCGUUUUGAAGUCCAGCAGCAGAAGGUUCGGGUCCUCUUGGGCUCUAACUUCAGCAUCAUCUGCUCCACCAGGCCUCAGUAUCCAGGAGGUUCCUUCCAGCUCGUCUUCAACUCCUCCAGCACAACGCUUGACUACGUCCUUCCAGCCGUCACACAUUCUGCCGUUUUCCUGUUUCCUGCUGCAGAAGGCCUCCAUAGAGGGACGUACACCUGUAUUUACCACCUCAACGUUUUCUCCCAUAACUUCUCCUCCACCAGCCGGCCCAUCUAUCUCAUACCUUCAGCUCUUCUGAUGGAUUUGAUCAUCAGACUUGUUGUCCACCUGCUGGUGAUGGUUCUUCUCAUCUCUGUCACCUGCUUCUACUUUAAAAAGAAAACACUCUCCCCUCUGUAA